AUGGACAAAUUAUAUGUAAAAGUUUUGGACUUAAUUAAAAAGAUUGAUGAAAGAGAACUAGACUAUAUAGAUAUUUUGAUGAAAAAUGAAAUCUACUUGUGGCAGAAAGAUUUAGUAAUGAACUACGAGGAGAUUGCAAAGAAAUUGGAAAAGCAAAAGGAUUUUAGAAGAAGAUAUAAGCUAAUGACAAAGUUCGUAGAUAUUGAAGGGAAUUUUCCUCUAAGCAAUAGCGAUGCUAUUAGAAAGAACCAUUUAAGAAGAAAUUUACCAAACUUUAGAAAAAAGUACGAGUGGAAUAACAACAUUUGGCUCCCUAAUGAAAUAAAAAGGCUUGAGAAGUUAGUUAAGGUUCACUUAUUUAAGUCAGUUUUGGAGGUGAAAGUAAAACUAGGAAUUCAUGAUUUUAGGUUUAAUCACCAAGAUUCGCAGGAUGUUUAUGACGAAGAUGUUUCAAGUAAAAUGAUGGAGCUGAACAAGCUACUACUCAAUUUAUCACAGAAAGACACUAAUUUUAAUGUUGAUGAAUACUGGACAGAGUUUUGGAACUUAGUAUCUUUAGAUUUGGGUAAUAGAUGUGAAAGAACUGGAAGAGACUGUCAAAUUACUUGGUAUCAUUUCAUUGAUCCAAAUAUUAAUAGAAAACCAUGGGAAAAAGCUGAAGACCUUCGUCUUUUGGCUUUAGUUUCAGAAAAUGAAGGUUUUAAUUGGAUUAAAGUUGCACAGGAAUUAAAUACUGGCAGAACUCCUUAUCAAUGUAUUCUAAGAUAUCAAAGAAGCUUAAAUAAAAAUUUGAUCAAAAGCUCCUGGACUAAGGAAGAAGAUGAAAAACUGUUAUCUGCUGUAAAAUCUCUUGGAGGAUUUGACCUUCUUGAACUAAACAAAAGAAUUACAAGUAAAUGGAAUCUUGUUGCAAAUCUUCUUCCGGGCAGAACUAAUCAACAGUGUAGAACUAGGUAUGUUCGGAGUUUAAAGAAAGAUCUAAAACAUGGAUCUUGGUCACUAUAUGAGGAUGUUAGACUCCAAUUCGCCUAUUUCGUAUAUGGAAGCAACUCAUGGACCAAAAUCUCAAGACAUAUUAAAGGAAGAAGCGAUUCAAAGUGCAGAGAAAGGUAUAUGAACAUGCUACUACCUGAUAUUAAGAAAGGAAAAUGGACUGAAGAAGAAAACAAAAUGCUAAUUCUAGCUGUUAACAGAUUUGGCCCUGGUAACUGGAGCCUCAUUAAAAACUUUGUAAUAGGAAGAACAGAUGCAGAUUGCUCAAAACAAUGGGAAAAGCUAGACCCUGCAUCUUCCUACCAAUAUGACAUUAUUAGGGCAACCCAAAAACACAUGCUUCCUCUUAGUUAUAAAUGGAUUGGUCUAUCUAGAUCAAACCACAAACUUUUGAAUACAAUACAAAAACAGAGUCAGGGGUUUAAAAAAGAUGAAUUCAUUCAGCCGAAGUUAUCCGGAUCGGACUUCUUUGUUAAACCCGCUCAAAAUAUUCUUAGUAUUGCCCAAUAUGUCCUUUCUAUAUAUAAUGAUAAGUUUAAUUCACAAAAUGGUCUGUCCAAUUUUUCUAUAGAUCAAUUAAUUCAUCAACUAGAGCAAAAUAGGACUAAUGACCAGCUUGUGGACCAAAUAUUGCUUAAGAUUCAGCGUUCUCUAAUUAAUUUAAUAAAGAGGAGGUACUAG